CUCCCUCUUUUCUUCUCCUUUCCAGCCUGUCUGUCUCUUCAAUCAAUUUGGUUUGAGGAAAUUGCCAUCUUGAUUUGAUGCUGAUUUCCACAAACCUUCUUGUCUCCUUCCUCAACCUUUCCUUCAUUGAAUUCUUUAUGAUUUUUUUUGGUCCUCCAAUUCAAUCCACCACCGCCACAACUUUCCCUUUAAAACUCACCCAUUCGUCUUCUCUCUCGUAAACUCAUAUCUUUGAUCUUUCCUUGUUUUCUUCAAUCAAUUCUGCACAAGUCUGUUUCAUUUACGACGAGCUCAUUUUGUCCAGAUCAGAUCUAUGGCGGAAGAGCACGGAUUCCGAGCAUCGGAAGGGCACAAAUGCUACCGGGACCUCAUCCUCGAACAGGGGCGGACGAAGGGCGCGGAUCUGGUGGAUUCGACGCCGCCGGGGCAGGGUUCUCAGCCGGCCGCCUUGUCGUCACCGGCACGCCAUGCGAGGAUCGCGGCGGUCGCGGCGGAGGUGCAGCUGCCGGCGAAUCGGUGCUCGGCCUGCCGGAAGAAGGUGGGGCUGACUGGGUUUAGGUGCAGGUGUGGGGUCACCUUCUGCGGGACCCACAGGUACCCGGAGAUGCACGGCUGCGCGUUCAAUUAUAAGGACGCCGGAAGAGAAGCCAUCGCAAAGGCCAAUCCUCCGAUCAAAGCGCUCAAGCUGGAGAAGAUAUGAUGGUCGUCGGUGCAAAACUCCUUUGGCUUCGGUCAAAUUCACCGCGCGCCAAAAAGUCAAAAGAGAUACCGAGUCAUCUAAAAUGCCACAUCAAAGUUGCGUAGAGCGCAAAACUCCUUUGGCUUUGUCUCCCCAUCUUUCUAUGCAAAAGUGCACUCCAAGUCCAACCCCCAAAAUAAAAUACACAUUUACGUAGACCAUUAUUUAUAGGUGUUGCUAAAUCCACUCUCAAUAUGGCUAUAUCCAUUCCUUUUACUUAUAUUUGUUAAAUCUACCCUCAUUAAUAUAAAUUUAAUACUCCCUCCGUCCUAAAAUUAACUUCCCAUUUGACUUUUCACGGUCUCCAAUGCGACACUUUGACUAUCAAUAUCUCAAUUUUUAUAUAAAUAUAUUUUAUAAAAAUUAUAUAUUUCAAAACUAUGUUUCAAAAUGAAUCUAUUUCUAAUAAAUUUAUAUGAAAAUUCAAUUUAUUUUUUUCAUAAUAUACAGUCAAAGUUUAAAAAGUUUGACCACAAAAGUCAAACCGAGAAGUUAAUUUUAGGACGAAAGGAGUAUUAGUGUGGAUAUAGAAAAUUUAUGUAAACGAGGUGGAUAUAGCCAUUUUUAAGGUGGAUUUAGUAACACCCUUAUUUAUAGAUUUCAAUGAGAAAGUACUUCCAGGAUUAUAGGUCACCGGGGGCGGGGGCAUCGUACUACAUAACUUUU